GCCAGAAAAUGUACAGCAAUGACGUCAAAAUAUGACCCCCCCCCCCCCCCCCCCCCCACCCCCCCCCUUUGUGCUCCCUCAUUGUGUUUCACAUUAUUUUUGGUUUGUAUGUUAGUGUAGGGAGCAGCUGUACAGAUGUGUUCACGUGUUUUUAAAAUAUUUAAAACAAAAAUAUUGCUACUAUCAAUAUAGCAAAAAAAUAAUUGAUGUGCGACCGUGUGAGCGCGCACUUAGCGGCAGUGCGCGCGGCCCGGAGUCGCUCGCUCCUCCAGAGGCUCCUGAGAGCAUCACAGAGCAUCACUACACUAUAUCACUACACAGCCAGCAGCUCUGAGUCCAACUCUCAGCUGCUGCUCUCACAACAACACUAGUAUUUAUUAUAUCCAGUAGUAACAUUAAGAGCUCCGAGUGGAUCACCGGGAGAAGAAGUCAAAGACACCGCAGGGAUUAACCGGAUCUGUACUUGAAGGAUGUGUGGGAUGGACGUGGACGUGGAUGAUGGCGGUUCAGGCGAAGAGGAGAAAGAGGAGGAGUUCUGGGUCGGGGAGGGAGUGAAGAUGCUGCCUCCUCCCGUGGCCCACAGCGGGGGCAGUGCGUGGGGCAGCCGCCGGGGCAGGUGUGGCUGCGUGGCGUGCGGUGCAGCUCUCAUCCUCUGGGACCUGUGUGUCGUCCUCGUCAGCGCUCUGCUCCUGGCUGUGGUCUUCUCUGUGGUGCUGCUGCCUGCUAUGCUGCUGCUGUACGCCGGUUUCCUCUGCCACUCCAGGGUCCUUGACGCCCCCUCUGCCAUCUGCCGUUACCUUGACGACAACAGCUGCUCCGCCCUCAUUAUCCUGGGGUUCGUGAUGAUGUCGCCGCUCGUGGUGGUGGCGGCCGCCAUCUUUUGCGGGCUGCUCCGAAGGUUUCGACUCCUGCUUCUCAUUCAGCCGAUUUCACGCGCCUGGUACAGAGGGCGGCUGUUGGACUGGGCGGGCAGCGUCCACGCCUGGGUGUGAUUGAGACGAAGCACGAGGCGCCGGCGGUCAGAUAUGCUAACAGUCAGAAAGUUCGAUUAGUGUAAAAUCAACCUGAGAGAUACAAGGGGUAGACAAAAUAACAGAAACACCUCACAUUGUAAUCAAUAAAAUAGUGUGAGAGAUGUUGACUUAACUAGAUGCUACGUUUCAAAGACAGAGUUUGACGUUUUGGCGAAGACGCUUAUUCACUUUCUUGCUAGUUAGAUCUCUGUUAAAAUGGUGGUUUGUGGGAAAAAAGCUUUUUGGACCGCAGGAGUUUUUUUUAGUUGCAAUAGGUGUGGCCAUCGGGACAAACUGGCAGCAAGGCUGAGUGGCGGCGCCGUAUCCAGCUCAUUUCUUGGCGUAGUAACUUCCUGGAGUCUCCACUGGUUGCCGGGCAACCUCACAGUGUCGACAAGACUCCAGGUAGUCAGUGCUGUUGUCGAGAAAAAUGUUUUAGCUCUUAACCCCCCUGUAAAGCCACAAUGUAUUGUUUUCAACCCCGCCUCCCACUAAAUUACGUUCCCAUACAACUAAAUGGCAUAAUAACAAUACAUUUUGAGGGAAACGUAUUUUCUCCUGAAUUACGGUCACAACAUGUGAUUAACGUCAUAAAUUGAAACAAAAAAAUAAAAAAUUAAAUAUAUCUACUUAGUUAGGUUUAGGCAACAAAACUACUGGGUUAGGUUUAUUAAAAAAAACAUCAUGGUUUGACUUAAAAUGAUUUUAAAACAAAACAAAACGCAAUGAGUUACUACGUUUCUAACGGGACAUGAACACCGGUCUCCUGGGGUUAAGUCUGGUGUUUGUUGGACUCAUCAACCUCCCCUCCCGUCCUACAAUAGUGGACUUUCUUGUUUGUUAUUAUUCAAUAACUUUUUUAUUCAACUUAUUAUAAGUAAGGGAUAAUGAACAGCGAGCCGGUCUUUGUUGUGAAAGAUUCCCCAACAGGGCGAUACUGCACCUGAAGGGGAUUCUUUCACAACAAUGACCCGCUAGCUGUACAUUAUCCUGCUUAUUACACGGCUACUUACUUAAGAAAUCAAUAUUUUGACACAAAAACGGUCCUCCAGAGUCCGACAUCAGAACUGUGCCCAUAGCAACGGUCUGCUAUACAUAGCAACGGUCUGCUAUAAAGAAAUUACAGACUACAGAACGCCGUGAUUGACCAAUCAGAAUCGAGUAUUCAACACAGCCGUGUAAUAACGCUUGAUAUAUUACCUGCUCUGCACGUCACACAUUCUACUACGUCACUCGCUGCGGACGUCCUCGGACUUACAUAGGUAUUUGUGAUAUGUAAACAUCCGCAACAAAAUACGUUUCCUUCCAAACGUAAUUGAAAAUGUAAUUUAGUUGUAUGGGAACACAUUUUUUAGGAGACAGGACUGAUCCACCUCGUUAUACCUUCAAGGCCAAGUUUUGUAGUGUCGUCGUACUGGGUUGCGUAUUGAAAAGUGUCUCCAUUAUUUUGUCUACCCCCUCUACAUUUAAGGUCAUUUUGUGAUUUUGUGAGAACAAGAUUGUGUUUAAGUUCACUGUAGCAACUCAGUCUUAUCUGUCUUUGUUUUAGAAACUAAAUACUUUUCAGUGAUUCGUGGAGUGACGUCUUUGUACUUUAACCUCACAUACAAAGAUCACAAAACUUAUUCUGCACUCAUUUGAUCCGAAGGAACAAAAUGCAUCUCGGGACAGCCCAGAACAAAAAUGCUACUCAAAUCAUUUUUGUAAAAUGAAGGAUAAAUGUACAAAAAAUGUUGCAAUAUCAUGGUUUUAACACAAGCAAGACUCCAAAGGAAUUGUCAUUUUAUUUUGACAAGAUAGCAGCUUCAAGAGAGUAACACAUCACAGACUGGUUUAUCAUUAUAGAUUCUGUGUAUAAAAGUAAUAUUUUUGUGAUUUUGUAUUGCCUGUUUGCUAACUAUGUUGACAUGGUUACAUGUGGGACUUUCUCAGAAAUAUGUUGCUGUGAAGUUAUUCGUGGUUGUUCAUUAGAAGUCUUGAAAAAGUCAAAACAAAAUUGCAAACAUUCGAUUUUGAGUUUAACAUGGGCUCGAAUCCCCGGGGCGUUCAAACACCCUGAAAACACGGUGAAUAGUGUAACAUGUACAAUAAAAAGCAGCAUUCAAGGACUUUAAUAUUGUCUGUGAGGUGAAUUAAAUGGACAAUGAUGUUUGUUUAUCUGAUGUAGCAUCAUUAGCAGUCAUGUCUUGUAGGAGGGAGGGAAACAUAUUUCAUUUAAGUGGAUCUUUGAGAUCACGUCGUGCCAUGAUAAAACACACCCUUCAUUAUAAAAACAACAGAAGCUGACAGUACGACAGAGUAAUGGCUGUUCAGUUGAAGCCAGGUGUUAAAGCGAGAUCUGAAUCAUCCGACCAGGAGCUCAUUCUGCUGCCUCUUUGUUUUCUGGUCAUUUAAAUUCAUCAGUGACACGCGUGCCGCAUAUCCUUUUUAUCUGCGUGUCAGUGCUCCGUAAUUAAGUGUUCGGAUUUCAUUUCUCAGGAGAAAGCCUUGAAUCAUAUUUCUUGAGGAGCAGUUAUUACAUGUCCUGUGCCAAUGUUAUCGUACUGAAAUGUAUUUAUUUUCUAUUUAAACAUAUUUAUUUGCGUGUUUAUGUCCUGUUAUUGAGCCUCCAUUGUUUGUUGACAGUAAUGAAGCCCUGUUAGUUUCAGUAUUUUAAGAGGAAGGAAAAGGGUCUUUUUUAUUUUUGCCAAGUUGCAUGCUGGUAAACAUCACACCUGAAAUAAUGUUUUGGAAAGAUUACAGUGUUACCAUCAAAACGGCAACACAUUCUCAUGUUCAGACCUUACAAUAAUAAAUAGAGGGCUUUUUUUUCAGUG